GACGUGUACAGAUCGGUGGGUCAAAGUUCACCCAAACCCUUGGUACUUCCUUUCCUGUUAGCGGUGGCGAUAGAACAGCAUCAAAAUGGGCAAGUUCAUGAAGCCUGGAAAGGUGGUGAUGGUCCUAGCUGGACGCUACGCCGGGCGCAAGGCUGUCAUCGUCAAGAACAUUGAUGAUGGCACCACUGACCGUCCUUACAGCCACGCUCUGGUCGCAGGCAUCGACCGCUAUCCUCGUAAAGUGACCACAACCAUGGGCAAGAAGAAGAUCGCCAAGAGGUCCAAGAUCAAGGCCUUUGUGAAGGUCUUCAACUACAACCACCUCAUGCCCACCAGAUACUCUGUGGAUAUUCCUCUUGACAAAACUGUUGUCAACAAGGAUGUGUUCAGGGAUCCUGCUCUGAAGCGCAAAGCCAGGCGGGAGGCCAAGGUGAAGUUUGAGGAAAGGUACAAGACCGGCAAAAACAAGUGGUUCUUCCAGAAGCUCAGAUUCUAAAUUCACCUGGUUUCACAAAUAAAUGUUUAAAAAUGGA